AUGUAUAACUUGAUCGCUGAUAUAAUUGGAGCUAAUGCUUUAAAUACGCUUUUGCCAAUUUAUUUCAUCGUCUAUGGAAUUCAAUUAUUUUCUUUUUCUAUAGCAGCACCUUUACGAACGGAGAAGUUUUAUGAUCUUUCAGGAUGUUUAACGUUUACAAUAUGUGGAAUUUUUUCAUUAUUAAAACCUUGGGAAACAACUUUCCCUGAUUCAUUAACAUCUUUAUUAGAAAUGUAUCAUAUUCGCCAACUGAUAGCCACAUCAAUGAUGACAAUUUGGUCGAUUAGAUUGGCAACCUUUUUAUUUUAUAGAGUUAUGAAAGCAGGAAAUGAUUCAAGAUUUAGUAAAGUUAAAAUUAAUCCCAGGAUAUUUUUGGUUUUUUGGAUUGGACAGGCAGCUUGGAUAUUUACUACAGGACUGGGUGUUUAUUUAGUGAAUUCUAUUCCUAAAGAAUUUCAAGAAAAUUUAAAUAUUACAGAUUAUAUAGGGAUAAUAAUGUGGGUGAUUGGUAUAACUUUUGAAAUUAUUGCAGAUUAUCAAAAAUUUAGUUUUAGAAGUGUGCCAGAAAAUAAAGAGAAAUUCAUUCAACAUGGAUUAUGGAAGCAUCCAAACUAUUUUGGGGAAAUUUUAUUAUGGUUUGGAGUUACCAUUCUUUGUACUCCCACUCUUAUAUAUGUGUCUAAUAUUCAACCUGAAUUAAUUAAACCAUAUUUUGCAUAUUUUAUCUGGGCAACACCAUUAUUUCCAGCUUAUUUAAUUACAAAGGUAUCAGGUAUUCCACCUUUAGAAAGAGGUAAUGACAAGAAAUUUGGAAAUAUAAAAGCAUAUAAAAGGUAUAAAGAACAGACCAACAUUUUAAUUCCUUGGUGGCCAAAAAAAAACAAAGAUGACAAUAGUUCAUCAUUAUAUGAUGAAUUUAUUAAAGAAUUGCCAAACCCAAUAGCAUUCAAUAUUUGGUAUGACAAACUUGAAUCUUUAAUAAUAAAAUACAAUGAGAAUUGUUUAAUUGGAGAAGUUGGAAUUGAUAGAUCAUUUAAAUUAAAAAAUCCAAAUAAUAAUAAGAAAUUAUCAAAUUAUCAAAUAUCGAUUGAUCAUCAAAUAUUAAUAUUAGAGAAACAAAUUGAAUUAGCAAUUAGAUAUGGUAAAAGCAUUAGUUUACAUUGUGUACAAUCAAGUGGAAAAAUUGUUGAAAUUUUAAAAAAGUUACAACAAAAAAAUACUCAACAAAUUGACAGUAUUAAUAAUGAUUUACAGUUGAAAAUAUGCUUUCAUUCAUUCUGCGGAUCAAUUGAUACAAUAAAACUUUUAUUAUCUUUAAACAACAGUCCUAAAAAGAAUAAAAAGAGUAAAUUAUUAUCGAUAGAAUGUUAUUUUAGUUUUAGUAAGGUUAUAAAUGAAAGAUUGUCAAAUAGAUUGCACGAUCUGAUAAAAUUUGUGCCAGAGGAUAGAUUAUUAGUUGAAUCUGAUUUCCAUUCACCAGUAGGUUUAGAUUAUUUAAUGCAAGACAUUAUUCAACUAAUUAGCAAAGUAAAAGAUUGGUCAUGUGAUUUUACAAUUAAUAAAUUAAAAGAUAACUUUCUAAAUUUUAUUAAUAACUAUAACAAUAAAGAUAAAGAAUGUAAUGUAAAAUGA